AUGCGCAUUCUUCUACAUCCCACGCUGCGCACAUUGCCCAGAUCAGCUCAGCGCGAUCUGCGCAGUCGAGUCUGGCUGCGCUUCAAGACUCAAGUCCCACUUCCAUCCCAGCGCAAUGCCCCCAAAGCGCCUCCUCCGAGGACCGUCACAGGAACUAGCCCCGAACCACCCACAAUAACAUCCUCCGCGGAGUCCGUGAAGACAACCAUUCGAAAAGGGCCACCGGAACGUAUUUUAAUUUACUUUGGAGGAACCGGCCGAUCCAUGUUUUUGGGAAUGCUUCGAGUAACCACGAUUUUCCUCUUCGGUGCCGCAUGCUUUAUUGUAGCCCCGACUUGCUGGGCCGAUGAGAGCCAGCAAUGGAUGACCCCGCUAGUGAUAAUUGGCGGCGCAAUCCCAAUGCUCUCAUUCGCAUACGUCGCCGCUCCCUAUGUCAACUUCGUCCACCUGGCCCUCCCCGCCUUCGCCCGGAAAUCACGAGAAAUGGCCGUGCACUAUGCGAAGGAUCUCCCGCCCAAUGCAAUCCUGUACAUGAACACAAUGCGAUGGAACACCAUCCCGCGCCAAACAACCGUCCGUCUGGGCGAUCUGGUCACGGACAAACACCCCGUUCGACCAGUUACUUUCCUCAACACAAAAUUCACCCCAUCACCCUGGUAUCGAACGAAGUCUCCGACCCAGUUCUUUACAGCGGAGCAGAGUCAACCCGGACGACAGACCACGGCUUUUUACCCUGAGUUGUGGCCGACUAUCUAUAAGCGGAUUCAGAGCCAGAAGCCAAGACGCUAG